CAACAACGACUCUCGGUACGAUGGCCUCCGAAACACACAUCAUCUCUGGACCACCGGCGCCCUCGAACCUCGCGCUUGGGACGCGAUCGUUGGGUGAGUUGUUUUUGAAAGUUUUGCAACAACCUUCAGACGCGGUGGCCCUCAUAAACGGCAUAACCGGACAGGAGUACAGCUACUCCGAGCUGCUGGAACGAUCGCUCCAAUUGGCAUCGUACCUUCACGAUCACAAAGUUCAACCGGGCGAUGUGGUGGCGGUGAUAUCCGAAAACCGCAUCGAGUACCCGAUCACGAUCGUGGCACUGUUCCUGAUUGGAUCAACUGCGGCCCUGCUCAACCCCAACUACACCUCGCGUGAGCUGAUACACGCGCUCAACCUCACCAAGCCGAAGCUAGUGUUUGUGUCUGCACAAGCCAGACCGGCCCUGUACCGUGCUUGCGAAUCCGGCAAGCAGCUUACUAUCAUCAUCAACUACGACGCCUACGGUCGCACUACGACCUUUGCCGAUUGCUUACGCAGAUCGAGCAAAUCGCUCACUGCGCACUCCUUUCUGCCGGCUCCAGUGGAUACGUCCAGCGAGGCUGCAAUCAUCGUCAUGUCCUCCGGUACAACCGGUCUUCCGAAGGGGGUGCUCAUCACGCAAGCCAACAUAAUGUCCACCAUGGCGAACACGCGAGAAGUGCUGGAGCAGCGAAUGGAGCUCCGCAGCUUCGUCGAUAUACUGCCCUGGUACCAUGUGGCCGGCGGGAUGGCGAUGCUCGGCCUGUUGGGCGUGGGCCUACAGACGGUCUACCUGCCGAAGUUCGAUCCCGAAACGUAUUUACGCUGUGUGGAGCGGUACCGACCGAACGUGCUAAACAUUGUGCCACCGAUUGCCGUAUUUCUAGCGAAGCAUCCACUGGUGGACGAGUUCGAUCUGUCGUCGGUGGAAAUGAUCACCUGCGGAGCGGCACCACUCAGCAAGGAGGUGGAGGAUCUGAUUUACGCCAGGAUCAAAACACCCGGGCUGAAGAUUCGGCAAGGCUAUGGUAUGAGCGAAACAACCCAAGCGAUCACGUUCUACGACGGCGAAACACCGAAGCCGGGCACCGUCGGGAGACUGCGUCCCGGUCAGUUGGGUAAAGUAAUCGAUCUCGACACUGGCAAAGCACUCGGGCCGUACCAGAAUGGCGAGCUGUGCUUCAAGGGUUCGCUCAUCAUGAAGGGUUACAUCGGCAUCGACCAGGUGACCGACGCCGAAGGUUGGUUGCACACGGGCGACAUCGGUUACUACGACAGCGACCAGGACUUCUUUAUCGUGGAUCGCUUGAAGGAGCUGAUCAAGUACAAAGCCUUUCAAGUGGCCCCGGCCGAACUGGAGGCGGUGCUACUUUCGCACCCGGACGUUAAGGAUGCAGCAGUGAUCGGUGUGCCAGAUGAUCGAGCCGGCGAGCUACCGAUGGCGUACGUGGUACCGAAGGACGGGACGACCUUAACGGGUGAACAAGUACGCCAGUACGUCGACGGCCGAGUGUCGUCGGAAAAGAAACUCCGCGGCGGCGUCAGAUUUGUAGGUGAAAUUCCCAAAACUGCCAGCGGAAAAAUACUUCGCCGAACAUUAAGGGAGCUGGCAAAUCAACAAUCGAAACUGUAGUGAUUGAUGUGAAAUAGUAAUUUUGU